AUGCCGAAUCCACCAAUCAACAGGGUCAUGGAAUAUCUGGAGACAGCUUUGAAUGAAAACCUCCCACAGAUCACCUCGAACCUCGUGGUUCUGUUCUUCGUCGUGGGGUAUAACCUAGGUCGAAUCUACUACAACAAAGCUCAAGAAGACAAAUUGGCCGGAGACAGGGAGCUCGCAAUGAGCUACCUGCGAAAGAUUGUCGAUAUCGUACCCGAACAAUUACCAGAAUGGCAACUCCUUCCCCCGCGCAUGUUCGCUGCUCGGUACUACCACCAGGAAGGAGACGACGAGGCCGCCGGGCGCGAAGCCUGUCCAUCCCGACAACUGGCCCUCGAACCCUUGUCGGACGACGAUGAAGGCAACGAACUAUCUGCGUUCUGGCACAUUCUAUUCUCAACGAUUCCUUUCGGCGACGAGAAGAAUGCCACUGCCGCCCUGGCCAUGAUUGGAAAAACGUUCAAUGCAUGGCCCCCGUUCGAGGAAGCUUUGCUUUUUGAACUUGAAUGUGAUGAUAAUUGUGGCCAUGUUUGGAAAGAUCCGGGUGAUAUGGGGUGGUGCAAGUACUGA